AUGGUUGCACUCUCUGGAGGCGUUGACUCUAUGUGUUUGACAUACUUGCUUUCGCAAUAUAAGUCCCUGUUCCAUCCAUCAUUAGCCAUUCACGCAGUAACUAUUGACCAUGGUUACAGACCUGGAUCGGAGGAGGAGGCAGCGAAAGUAGGCAGAUUGGUGGCCAAAUGGGGUGUCGAUCAUCUGAUUUGUCGUCUUCACUACGAUAAGAAUGUCGAAGAUAUAUCCAAUUUCGAGGAAGUGGCUAGAUAUAUGCGCUACAAGACCUUCCAACAGAAAAGUCAAGCAUUGGACAUCGAUGCUCUUUUGGUUGGACACACUUUAGACGACAAGUUGGAGACUUACUUGCAAAGACUUCAAAUGAAUUCCACCAUUUUUGGACUCGACGGCUUAAAGGACAAAUCUCAAUUUCCACUUCCUCCUACCAGUCCACUCCACCAUCUCAACGUAUACCGGCCACUUCUACCAUUCGAGAAGUUUCAAUUGCAAGAAACAUGCAGGGAGGGAGGUGUAGAAUGGUUUGAGGAUCAUACCAAUAUGGAUCGAUGGUUGACGAAGCGGAAUAUGUUUCGCUACUUAUUAAAUCACUAUAUUCCAGGACAUGUGCAUUCGAGGCCAAAACUUGCUGUAAUUUCGAAGUCUGCAUUAUUACAAACAACCAAACUGAUUGAUUCAGUGCUAAAUCAGUUGCAUGAAAAAGUUCUAGCCUUGGACAAUUAUGUGACUAAUUAUGGAGGUUUUGAAUUCCUCGAGGACCGAGCACUCAUCAAAUUCAGUGUGCCAAUUGAUUUUUGGAGUAAUGUCCAUUCGCUGGUGGCAAGCAGAUGGUUAUACAACCUGAUAUACUCAAUUUCGUCAGCACAGCAUUUUCACUGGUCGUAUGCCAAAAUUGAGCGAGCAAUGAUUCCACGUUUAAAUAAGUUCAUUGUCGAGGAACUGGACAAAACCUCAAUGACAUAUCUCAAUGUUUUGUUCACUAUUGAGAAGAGAAAUGGAACUUUGAAUUUCGCGAUAUCUAAGCAGCCGCCAAUCAGAGAUACAAUUCCAGAUUUGUGCCAUUCUCUCGUUGCUACAACCACAUUCUCACCUUGGAUCCUCUACGACAAGACCUGGUGGAUGCGAAUUCGAGAUACUCAAGGAACAAAGGUCAGGAUUCACCCAUACACGCUGAAAAUGCGCAAAAGUCUUCAAAAGGCAUUUCCUAACCUACGGAAUCUUCCACAGGGCAACGCCACUGUACCAGUAAUCACUAAUGAGUUGUGUGGGGACAUUUUAGCACUACCCACCUUUGGUCUAGUGCGCGAAAACUUGGAAGUCGAGUGUAUUCUCAAAAAGUAA